CCGAUUGACAACACAGCACAGCAUCAGCAAAUCCAGAACACCUCGGGAUCCCAUCGACACGCGAGAAUCUGGCGCGAACAAAGCAGUCCGCGAGGAGGCCGCGCCUGAACAUGUCAGGAUUUCGAGUCGGUGACCACAUCUGUGGUGUGUAUUUCGUUACGAACUAUCAUCGAACAUACCUGUCACCCCUCAGUCUGGAAUCCCAUACCAUCGUCAGCCCGGUUUCAUUCUCAACACAACUCCGACAGACGUACAAAACAACAGAAGCAGUACCACAGCUCCGAUACACAUUCCCACUCUACGAUGGAGUCACGGUCUCUGGAUACACAAUCACUUACGCCGACAAGGUCUUGACCGGUGUGGUCAAGCAGAAAGAUGAUGCCAAGAAGACCUAUCAGGACGCAGUUGAUCGCGGCGAGACUGCCGGCCUAAUCGAGUCUCUACCUGCAGGCGUCUUUGGAGUCACACUCGGAAACGUCCCUGCGCAAACAGAACUUCUGGUUGACAUUACCUACUGCGGAGAGCUGAAGCAUGACGCAGCUAUCGAUGGACUACGCUACACACUACCAACCUCCAUCGCACCAAGAUAUGGCAACUAUCCCGGAACAGUGCUUUCUUCAAACGUCACCGCCACGAGCAUGAAGAUCACGGUAGACAUUGACAUGGGUGAAAAGUCUGCCCUCCGCAAAGUGCAAUCGCCCGGCCAUCCUAUUUCCGUGACCAUGGGCGAGAUUUCACUCACGAACAGCGACGGCGGCACAAAGCCAUACUCACCAGCGCAAGCGUCUGCAACGCUGACCCAGGGAUCCACCGAGCUUGGCACCGAUUUCAUACUUCAGGUUGUCAUUGAUGACUUAAGUCGGCCUCAGGCAAUCCUGGAGGUGCAUCCCUCGAUCCCGAACCAGAGGGCCAUCAUGGCAACAAUGGUACCUAAGUUCGUCCUCGAUCCAUCAUAUCCGGAGAUCGUCUUCAUUGCGGAUCAGUCUGGAAGUAUGAGCGGGUCAAAGAAUGCCUCUUUGGUAAAGGCGCUGAAGGUGUUUCUGAAGUCCCUACCAAUCGGCGUGCGCUUCAACAUUUGUGCGUUCGGAAACAGAUUCGAAUUUCUGUGGGAGACUUCUCAGGCGUACAACGAAGACAAUGUCAAUCGCGCCAUGGAAUUCGUCACUGGCUUCGAUGCUCAGUACGGAGGCACAGAAUUGCUGGAGCCGAUCAAAGCUGCCUUCAAGAGGCGCUUGAAAGACAUGCCUUUCGAGAUGCUUGUGCUCACGGACGGGCAGAUCUGGGGCGAGGAGCAGGUCUUCGAGUGCAUUAACCAAGAAGUUGAGAGUGGAGCUGAUGCUCGCAUCUUCACCCUUGGCAUUGGCGAAGAUGUCUCGCAUACUCUAGUUGAAGGACUUGCUCGUGCAGGAAAUGGCUUUGCGCAGUUCGUCACUCAAAACGAGGAUACCGAUCAGAAAGUCAUGCGCAUGCUGAAAGGCGCCCUGUACGCUCACACAAAGGACUACAAGCUGGAGGUCAACUAUGAGCAAGAAGAUGAUGACGACUUUGAGAUCAUCGAAAAGGUCCAAGAAUGCCUCAAGAUCACAGUUACAGAGCCGGAAACGACCGAGCCACCGAAAGUCAAGUCCUUCUUCGAUACCUCUGUAAAUGUGGACGAGGCACCAACGCCCAAAAAUCGCUAUGCCCACCUCCCUUCCGUCGACACACCGAAGCUGUUGCAGACUCCGUCAAAGAUCCCACCAUUGUUUCCUUUCAACCGCAGUACCGUCUACAUCCUCAUGGACGAGAUAUCCGCACAUAAAGAAGUCAAGUCUGUUACGUUACGCGCCAUUACUGCCAAAGGAGGACCGCUCGAACUCGAGAUACCAAUUUCCGGGAGGACACAGGGUGUCAACAUUCACCAAAUGGCAGCUCGCAAAGCGAUUCAAGAAUUAGAAGAAGGCCGAGGCUGGCUCCAUGCCGCUAAGCUCAAAGACGCCGAGCAGACCUUGGUCAAGGAGCAAUACGCAAGUCGCUUCGACGAGAUUGUGGAACGAGAAGCUGUCCGUCUUGGCGAGACUUUCCAGGUCGCCAGCAAGUGGACCUCUUUCGUGGCAGUCCAGACAGAUACUUCCGAGGAACAGCAGAAUGAGGGACCAGAACGACAUCCACCAUCGCUCAAGCCUAUGAGGAAACAACUAGCAUCCAUGGCUGCGAGAAGAGCUGCUCCUUCGCCAGCGCCAUCUGGUUCUUGGGGCGGUGGCAGCGCACUCCUGCAGCAGCAGGGCAUGCAGAUGCAAAUGUCUCAGCAGCAAUCCGCUCCUGCGACUCGCGCUCGCAGCCAAGCUCCAGCGGGAGGGUUAUUUGGCAAUGCGUUUGGCGGUGGCGGUACCUGGGGAGGACUGUUCGGCAGCACGAGCCCCUCUCAACCUCCCCCGGGACCACUUUCCGGUAGGAGCGCAUCUCAAGCACCCUCGGGAGGCUUGUUCGGUCGCACAAGCGCCUCUCGAGCUUCUUCAGGGGGACUCUUCAGCACGAAUGCAUCUCAAGCUCCCUCUGGAGGACUCUUCGGCAAUGCACCUCUUCCACCUCCCCCGCCAAUGCCUUCGGCCCCUGCAUACGCAGCUUUUGGAUCUUCCAUGCCGUUGGCGGACGAGGAUGAAGCAAAAGAAGAAGCAGAAGAAUCCGACGAAGAUAUGGGUUUCGCUUUAAUGGACGAAAACGAUAAAGUCCGAACCUGCAAGUCUGUUCCUCCUGCAAGUGAUGAAUCUGUUACUACUUCGAAGAGAAGGAUGCUUUUGAAACCUCGUGACCGUAAAUCAGUUUUGGGCAAUAUGGCGGAGAAGGUACUGAAGCGGGACCAAAAGCGUGCAAAGAGUAGCGGAAGUGGAUCUGCACUUCACGACCUCAUCGAUUUGCAGACGUUCUCCGGAUCAUGGAAGUAUAGCGAUGAGCUGUUGGAUCUCAUUGCCAUUGAGGAUGGUGACAAGGUCCUGCAAGGGUUUGGCACAGUUGAUCGAGAUGUGGCAACCACGGCGCUGGUUGUGGCGUACUUCGAGACUGUGUUGAAGGACAAGAAGGAUGUGUGGGAGAUGGUUAUACAGAAGGCGCGGGCUUGGUUGGCAGGAAAUGUUACGGGUAAGGAGAGUGUGGACGAGUUCGUCGAGAGGGCGAAGGGAUAUUUGCCAACGCAGUAAAUGGGAUGAAGCGAGCGAGGUUCUAGUCAAGAUCACAUUGACUUGAAGCUGUAAUGAAGCCAAUUCGAUGGGAUGACGUUGACUCGGAGUUUGGAGUAACAUGCAGAGAGGAUCGGCUAUACAGUAGUAGGUCUUGCGGCGAACCAGAAGAGACAAAAAGAGAAGUCUCGUGUCUAAUACUCAAUCAGCGUCUUCCACAAACUCACCUACAUCUCUGCCAGGCAUCCAUCAUUUCGUCUUCUCAGAUCAAUCGCAUCACAAUGCAAUGUCCUCCCUGAUUUCAUGCCUCCGUCGCUCAUUGUCAGCCACACGCAUCUCUUCAAACUCCCCUUCUGUCAUUUUACCUCACCUCACCCACACAACCUCCCCAAGAGCAAAGCGGCGAAUCCGACUUCUCAAGUUCACUAAAC